CAGAAGACUCGUCGUUUCCCGACGGACAUAUACAGAUGUAGCACCGGUUCUGUGAGUUUUGUAUCGUUGCUCAGAUCAGAACAGAUCAUAUAAACAGCGACAUCAAUACACUUGAGGUUUCAUUUGAGUGACAACAGAAGGUACAGUUCACCCCGUCAGAAUGGCAGAAAACAUGAUCAUUCGUGUACAGUCUCCUGAUGGAAUGAAAAAAAUCCCCUCAACGAAGCGGGAGACGGCUGCCGCUUUUCUCAAAAAGGUUGCCAAAGAGUUUGGCUUCAGUUCAAAUGGUUUCUCUAUCUACCUGAACCGGGACAAGACUGGAGAGAUCUUGUCACAGAACAAGUCCCUUAGCAUCCUGAAAAUCAAGCAUGGCGACAUGCUUUUUCUCUACCCCUCCUCUGCUGGAACAUCCAGCGAGAAUAUGGACACAGCUCAGCCGCACACGUCCUCUUCCUUCCCCUCUUUUCCUUCAUCUUCAUCAUCCUCAACCUCCUUAUCCCGCUCACACUCUGCACCACAGCUCCCAGAGGAUGAGAUUGACCAGUAUCUUUCCAAACAGGAGGGAAAGAUCUACAGAAACAAAGAUCCCCAGCUGUGCCGGCACGGUCCUAUGGGGAAAUGUGUGCACUGCGUACCUUUAGAGCCUUUUGAUGAAGACUAUCUGAACCACCUUGACCCACCGGUCAAACACAUGUCCUUUCACGCCUAUAUCCGUAAGCUCACCGGUGGAGCAGACAAGGGAAAGUUUGUGGCGCUUGAGAACAUCAGCUGUAAAAUUAAGUCUGGUUGUGAGGGACAUCCGCCCUGGCCGGAGGGCAUCUGUACCAAAUGCCAACCCAGCGCUAUCACCCUCAAUAGACAGAAAUAUCGACACGUGGACAACAUCAUGUUUGAGAACCACACCAUUGCUGACCGUUUCCUUGACUUUUGGAGGAAGACGGGUAACCAGCGGAUGGGCUACCUGUACGGACGCUACACUGAGCACAAAGACAUCCCGCUUGGCAUCCGUGCAGAGGUGGCUGCCAUUUAUGAACCCCCUCAGAUUGCAACCCAAAACAGUUUAGAGCUGAUUGAAGAUCCCAAGGCAGAGGCUGUUGAGGAGAUCGCCGCCAAGCUCGGCCUACGAAAGGUGGGGUGGAUUUUCACAGAUCUACUGUCAGAGGACACCAGGAUAGGCACCGUCCGUUACACCAGAAAUAAGGACACGUACUACUUGAGCGCGGAGGAGUGCAUCACAGCUGGACACUUUCAGAACCAGCAUCCUAACCCGUGUCGGCUUUCCCCAGACAGCCAUUUUGGAUCCAAGUUUGUCACAGUGGUAGCAACAGGUGGUCCCGAUAACCAGGUACACUUUGAGGGGUAUCAAGUGUCCAAUCAGUGCAUGGCACUGGUAAGGGAUGAGUGUCUACUACCCUGCAAAGACACUCCUGAACUGGGUUAUGCCAAAGAGUCCACCACAGAGCAGUAUGUCCCUGAUGUCUUCUAUAAGGAUAAAGACAAAUUCGGCAAUGACAUCACGUAUUUAGCCCGGCCGCUACCGGUGGAGUACUUGAUCAUUGAUAUCACUACAACUUUCCCAAAAGACCCAGUGUUCACCUUCUCAUCCACGCUUCGCUUCCCUAUCGAAAACAGAGAUGCUCUGGGGGAGACUCAGGACUUCCACAGUUUAGCGUCGUAUCUUUCCCAGAGUUCUUCCUCCUCCUCCUUCCUGAACAUUGUCUCAGACUUCCACCUGCUUCUUUUUCUUGUCACCAAUGAGGUCAUGCCCUUACAGGACAGCAUCGGGCUUUUGCUGGAUGCAGUGAAGACGUCCAAUGAAGAACUUGCUCAGACCUGGAAGAAAUCCGAACAGUGGGCCACCAUUGAGCAGCUCUGCAGCACAGUGGGAGUGCAGCCAUCUGGAUCUCUGGAUUAUGCCAUGGGUGGCCAAGCUGUCCCACAAUCCUCUUCAUCUGUGUGGUCUUGCCUCCACUGCACCUUCAUGAACCAGCCUGGCACUGAGCACUGCGAGAUGUGUAGUUUGCCCCGCAGCUAGCGAAAUCAGGCUGCGCCGUACGUCCCACAGGGAACAGCAGUGAGAGCGGGUGUGCUUCCCUGUAUUCCUGCCGUUUUAGUAUGCCUAAUCCGUAACCCCUCCCCUUCCUCACUGACUGUGUCGGAUGUAAACGCCGAUCCCAGCCUUGUGCGCCCAAUCCAACGCUGUGAGCUGCAUCACUUUGAUGAUUGAUGGUGGAUGACGAUGGGUUGUACCCAUGUAGCACUCUCUGUUUAAGCCCAGGGCAUUCUGAGACUAUUAUUUAGCACUUGGGCAAAGCUCCUUCCGCUCUGUUCAUCUCUCUCUCUAUUGCGGUCCAAUAAACCUUCUCGGCACCACUCGUAGGACAUUGGAGAAACAUUAUCAAUGUUUUUGAUGUUAAACUUUUCCCCAACUUACUAAAGAUGUUGUGUAUAUAAUAAACAGAGAUGAAUGCUA